GUUUGGCCCUUGGGGUUCGGUUUUCCAGAAACCGAAGGAAAACGCGCGGUUUGAUUAUAAUUGCAAUUUCACGGUCGGUUUAGGAACUUUAAGAAAUGACGCCGUUUCUGUCCGAGGGUUCUUUCUAGGUUCAUGGUUUCGUAUUCUUCGACAGAGGGAACGCCAUUUGCAGAGAGAAAACGAAGAGGGUUUCUCUGGCGGCGACGAGGAGAGGAAGGAAAAGAGAGUAGGUAAUGAGGUUAGGGUUUUCUCAGGCGAGUUUUUUUCGCAGUUGACAGCUUGGGAGCUUUCGUUUUCAGAAUCCUGAGGUCUGUUUCCGCAUCUGUCUUUGCGCUGAAGCUCAGAUGUCUUCGAUGAUUCGGAGAGUGACCGCUUCUACUUUUGCUUCUGCUUCAGGUUUUGUUCAUUCUCGUCCCUCCACUUUUCUCUAUCGUCGUCUGAGAUUCAGCGGUUCUAUCUCUCUUGAGGAGAGAUUGAGAUGUGGCGUUGGUAAUAGUAGUCUGAGAUUCAGCAGUUCUAUCUCUAAUGCCAUUGAUGAUGUUGAGUUAUUCAAUCAGAUGGUUCGAUCUCGUCCCCUCCCUUCCGUUGUUGAGUUCAAUAAAUUACUUGGUGCAAUGACCAAAAUGAAAAAGUACGAUACCGUAAUUUCUCUUUGCAAGAGAAUGGAAUUGGUCGGGGUUUCACAUGACGAGUACACUUUGAAUAUCCUUGUCAACUGUUUAUGCCGUUCAGGUCGGGUGGUUUUAGGCUUUUCGGUUUUGGGAAAGACCUUGAAACUUGGUUAUAAGCCUAACGUAGUCACAUUCAAUAGCCUGGUCAAUGGGCUCUGCAUCGAACUGAAGCUUUCUGCAGCUUUAAGUUUGGUUGACCAAAUGGAAAAAGAUGGAGUUGCGCCUAAUGUAAUUACCUACACCACUUUGAUAAACGGCCUAUGUAGUUCUCGUAGAUGGAGUGAUGCCAUGCAAGUAUUGAAUGAAAUGAUCAAAAGGCAAAUCACUCCCAAUGUUGUCACUUUCAAUGGAUUAAUCGGUAAUUUUAUUAAAGAGGGAAAGUCUCAAGAAGCUAUGGAGCUCUUUAGUGAGAUGUCUCGAAGAGGAGUUGUUGCUAAUAUAGUUACUUACAGCUCUCUCAUCCAUGGGUUUUGUCGAGUAGGCAGCAUUGAUGUUGCCCAAAAGCUUUUUCUAGAGAUGCAAUCUCAUGGUAUUCGUCCUGAUCUUAUUACUUACAACGUUUUACUUGAUGGUCUUUGCAAAAAUGCAAAACUAGAAGAGGCACUGGAGUUAUAUAAUAAGAUGGAAAAUAGUGGGAUGAAGCUCGAUAUAGUUGUACAUACUACUCUCAUUCAUGGUUUGUGUAUGGCUGAUAAGUUUGAUAAGGCGUUGGAGUUGUUCAAUUGCCUUCUUCUUGGUAAAGGGGUGAAACCAAAUGUUUGGACAUAUAAUAUAAUGAUCUCUGGAUUUUGUGCAAAAGGUUUACUCGCUGAAGCCCAAAAGCUGUUCAGAGAUAUGAAAGAGAUGGGUUGUUUGCCAGAUGAGUGCACUUAUAACGCAAUCAUCCGGGGUCAUCUCAGACAUGGCUCUACAUCAGAGGUUAUCGAGUUGCUACAAGAAAUGAGAAAUUGUGGGUUUCCUGCAGAUACAUCGACCAUGAAUUUGUUGAUAUAUAUGAUAUACGACGGUAGAUUGGAGGGAGGAUUUCUGGAUCUUCUUUUAUAGUGAUUCUGUAGUGGCAGUACUCGUGUUUUCUCUCAUGGACAUCACGAAGAGGAACCAGUUGCCUUUGCAGGUGGGAUGUUUGCCGGAACUCUGAGGCGUGAUCUGAGCGAAGGCCCGUUAAAAGAACGGUUGACGCGGGUAAUGGAAGCCUCGAUCUCACAGAAGAUGGGAUGAAGUCUAGAGGAAGAAGCUCCUCAACAGAUAGAGAUUGAAUUGAGGUUUUUGGUAUACAUUGUCAUUCGAAACUGCAGUGUCUCUUACCAGAUAAGAGAUAUCAUGUCAUAUUCUUCCUUGACACAAUCCUGAGUUGGAACAAGACGAUUCCCUCGUUGUGUUUCCAUAUAAAUGUUAUAGCAUUUUAGAUUGUU